ACGAAAGUCGGGAAGCAUACAAGAGUGUCGAGCGGCGAGCCCAGAGACUCCGGCAAGGAGAGAGAGGGAGAGAAAUCGCGCAUGCGGGCCGCCAAAGUGAAAAUUUUUCCUUCUUUUUUGAUGAAAAGAAGAGGAAAAGAAGAGUAACAGAGCGACCGCCAUGGCCAACGGCCAAGAAGGAGAAGGACCAGCUGCAACAUCAGUACCACCACAACCUCAACCACAACCACCAACAUCACCACCACUUCCACCAACAACAACAACAGCACCAUCACCACCACCACCAACAGCAACAGCACCAUCACCACCAACAACAACAACAACAACGAGUAUUGAUUUUGUUACUGCUCUCACCCACUGGAGCGAAAGAGCAAACGACGAAGACGACGAUGAGCAAUCAGAGAAGCCAACGGCACCACUCUCGCCGAAACCGUCGCCUUCUUCGACGGCCACCGCCGCCCCCAACAUCGGCGCCGCAAACUCCGGCUCGAUCGUCGUCAAUCGAUCGGCCAUCGACGGGUUCGCAGUGAUCACGAAGCCGGCGCACACCGACACCCAUCUCUCCGUGGCGGAUGUUCUCGGGUUGCCCAUGGAAGGAGGCGAAGCGGGCGUUGGCCGAGACACGGUGGGAGAAGGGAGCAGGCGGAGAGGGGUUUCUCCGAUCGUGCGCCGGUGGAAUCGGGAGAAGGUGUUGAGAAGAGCCGGCUUAGCCUUCAGGGUCUGCGGCCUCCUCUUCUCUCUCGUUUCCUUCUCCGUCAUGGCUGCGGACAAAACCCAAGGCUGGAGCGGCGACUCCUUCUAUAGAUACAAGGAGUACAGGUAUGUGAUAUCAGUGGCGGUCAUCACAUUUGCCUACUCGACGCUUCAGCUGGCCGCCCACCUCUACCAGUUCGCUACGGGAAAGCCUGCCAUCCGUCGCCCGCUCUCCCUCUAUAUCGACUUUGCUUGCGACCAGGUGCUUGCAUAUUUGCUGAUGUCAGCAUCAUCCUCGGCAGCAUCACUCACAGACGAUACACAGGCUGAAUGGGGAAAGGAUCCAUUCACGGACUUGGCCAGUGGCUCUGUCAGCAUCUCCUUCUUGGCAUUUGCAGCUCUUGCCUUAAGCUCCCUUAUUUCUGGGUACCAUGUCUAUAAUCAAAAUAAUUUAUGGUAAUACAUCUAUAAUUCUGUUUGAAGUUUGGGAGGGGUGGAAGAGGGUGGUGAUCACUAGUUGCUGUGGUUAUCCCACUGGCAUUGAAAUGGUUUGAAUGUUGGGUCUGCCGGUAGAUCGGUUGUGUAUAAAGAGUAAAUAUGGCGGUGAGAUUGUUCUACAGAUUCUCAGCGUUAAUUGAGGGUUUUAAUUUACCACUUGCUCCUUUUGUUUGCUCAUUCCAAUUUACGAACCUCUCUCUCUCUCUCUUGUACAUGUCCACGCAUGGACAUAUAGGCCCCAGAUUUGGCCCCCAAAAGAUGUACUAACGAGUAUGCCUUAUGCAGUUUAAAUUGAUGUGGCUAUCUUUUUUUGUAUCGUAUAA